GCCACUGUAAACCGGUUUGGGCAGACAUCAAGGAGGAUGGAAUCGUACCGUUUGUUUUAUUUAACAUUAUAUAAAGCCUGCUAUAAUCUCUGAACGGCUGGGUGGUAUGAUAAUAUACAUCCAGAACACACGGCUACUAUAUUUUCACCUAUAAGGUGGAAGUGAAGGGUUGGUGAGGGAAGGGAAGCUGCUGUUGCAGAUCGGGGCGCAAAUAAAGGACGACGAAUAGCAGCUAGAGUCAACACAACUAAACCCUUCAGCGUAUAGUCGGUAAACACCUUCACAGAGCAAAUAACACAAAGGAUGUAAAGCGAAGAGGCAGCCACAUGUGCACCUACAAGGUAACUGUAUCUUUCUCCAUUUCUGAACAUUACCACGGGGAAACCCUUCGACGUUAUCUCGUGAUCUGAUCCAGCCAACUCCCCUGCACAGAGAUGAGCUGGUUUUCAUUCAGGUGUAUCUGUUUUGCAUGUUACUGCUGCUUGUAAAAACAGGUAUAUGGAAAUGUACCCAGAAGAGCUGUCCACCUGUCUGGUGUUCGUUUCAUUAUUACGCACGCCAGCUUUAUUUGUGCUAUGCAUUAUUUAUAGUUUGUUUUAUUUCAUUCUGUAUAUUUGUUGGCUUUAUAUGACCAUGUUAGAUAGGCUCUGUGGCUUUUGUUUCGGAUGCCUUUUUGUGUUGGGAGUGUUUGGACACGUUGUUUUAUGGCGUAAUGCUUAUGUUCCAUAUGUUCUCACGUUAAACGAGCACCAAACAGACCUAGAACCUCACGGAUACAUUGGAGAAGUUUUGUAUCACAGGUGAAAGGAUAAAUCGAUCAGGGGAUUCGGCAAGAGAAGGCAAGUUUAUUUAUAUGGCACAUACACAAAGGCAACACAAAGUAUCUGACACAACGCACAAUGCAUUUAUAGAUAAAGCAUUAGAAUACAGAUGAGAUUAAAACGUUAAAUGUACAUUAAAAGCAUGUAAGUGUAGAUACAAAACGUUCAGGAUAGCUGUGGCAGACUGGAUUCUCACUGUUCUCAUACUUUUACCAAGCCUAACCUCUGUGUACUUUGACACCAAAGGCCGUUGUAGUUUGAAACAUGGUCAUGUGAGUGUUUCUGCGUGUCAGCCCUGUUUUGGAAAUGUACCCAAACUGAGUUGUCCCAGUACAUAUAAUAUCACAGCUCCACCUCCCCAUCUCAUUCUAACAUCCCUGAAUCUGCACAGCUGCUGUACAUAACAAGCAAAAUAAAAAUAACACAUUUCUAGACUGAUGCCAUCUGAGACCUAUCCCCCAGUACCCUCUCAUCUAGUUUUGAAAGCUGCUUGAAGUCUUUGAGAAUCAAGCAUACAUCUUGUUUUGGUCCAGCGAGAGUGGGCCUGUCCAUCUGCAUGGUCUCGGCUCCUACUACAAACGUCACAGCAGAAGAAGAGACAUCCCCCUCACCCCACCAGACCCUCGGCCAGCUGACUAUAGUGCUAUUAUAGUUCAGGCAAAGGCUAAUUGUUGGUCACUUACAAAGGACUGCACAGUUUAAGUAUUUGGAUGGUAAUACAGUCUCUUUCUACGGUAAGUGAUAUUACAGAGCAAGAUAUACAUUUUUCUCUCAGCGUGAACUGUGAUUCAGAGUUGACUUGAUGACUGCAGAUGGGCAAGUUUCUAAAAGAAACUGUAAGUUGAUUUUAGAUGCUUUUCUUGUUCUUGUUUCUUAUUUUGUCUUCAGAAACGAAGAUGACACUACUCGUGGUGUGUGCACUCCUGUCCCUGUCCUGUUGGGUGACUUUCUACCUCAUCUUGUGUAAUGUUAACGGGUCCAAGAGUUAUGAGUGGAACUGUCGCCUUGUGACCUUGGUGCACGGAAUCCUGGCAGUCUGCAUCACAGCAUACAUAGGCUAUGUGGAUGGACCCUGGCCUUUCACUCAUCCAGAAGGAGCCGUUAUGCUUGUCCACCACACCGUGAGCAUCCUGGGGAUCCUGUUGACUCUGUGGUUGGGGGAGUCUGGCAUCGAGUCCUGUGCAGUGCUCUUUGGCAGUGAAAUCACCAACCCCCUCCUUCAGGCACGCUGGUUCCUCAAAGAAACAGGACAUUAUGCGACGCUGCUGGGGGACAUUGUGGACGUCGUCUUUGUGCUGUUGUUUGUGGUGAUGCGAGUGUUCGUGGGAGGCACAAUGCUGUACUGUGAGCUGAUCUCCCCAAGACCCAGAUUCUUUAUCAAGUGUGGGGGAGUGGCCAUGUACGCCCUAUCCUGGGUGUUUAUGGUGGACAUUGUUCGAUUUGUCAAACGGAAGAGCAAGGGCUGGUGCGAACAGCAGAGAGGCCACCAAAAUACAGUAGCAGCUAAUGGUCAUGAAGGAAAAAAGGACUGAUCGCCCUCUGUUUCAAGUCAUUUUAUAUUAUGUCUGUGUUUUUCAUUUUGGACAUGCACAGGAAAGUACAAUGAAACUUCAGUUUAUGUAUAUAUAUUUAUGUAUAUUUUAUAGCCAUCAUUUUUUAUGUUGAGAAGUAUCCUGUGACAUCUGCCUGAGCAUUUUAAAAAAAAGUAGGCAGUUAUUGUAGCUGAACACAUUAUGUUAUUGUGCAAAAGGUGGAGUUAACAACACAGAUGUUGUUUAUGUCACUGAAAACCAAAGGAGUUUCUUUAAACACAUGAGCAGAUGUUGCUUUCAGUUGCAGUGAAGUGUGGCCUAAUCAUAUGUGGUGGUGCUUCAAAGUGACAUUUAGUAUUUGGAAGGAAACAGUUUACAUAUAAUAUCCGCGGUCCUUGUGAAAUAUAUUUAGUUAUAUUAGCAAGUAAGGAUUGGUUUCCUUGGAAGCUGUAGGCGUAAGUGAAACUUUGAGCAGAUGUGAGGUGUAUAUUCAGGGACAUGAAGUCAUACCAGAAAGCUGGGCUGAAUUCCAGAGACAUAUGUUUAAUUACUUUAGGUGAUUUAGUUUAUAGUAAUUCCUCCAAGCUUUUUUUAUGUAUGAUUUUGCAUACAUUGUAAUAUUAUUUGGGAAAAAUGCUAUUUUGUGAUAAUAAUUUCAGCCAUAUUUCCAGGAUACAAAAUGUAAGUGCAUCAUGGGAUAAAUGCAGGUGACUAAGAAAGUUACCAACACCCGUCAUCCCUGUUUUACCAUUUAUAUUUAAAUCAAAUGUGUUGCUUUCAUAAGUCGUGUGGUCACCUGGCUGCCACUGUUAAAAUCACAUGAGCAUCACUUUUUUUAUUGAAGAGAGCACAAAUCUAACUGGUGUGUGCCUUAGUUAUCUGAAUGUAAUUUUCUAAUUUUUGUUUGGUUUUUGUCUCAUGCCGUACUGUAAACCAUCCAGUAUAGGAGCAGGAGUAGUGAAGAAUCGUUAGCAGUUUUGGAUUUUGUCAUUGGCUUUUGUAAUCCCUGUCUAAAAUGAAAUAAAG